GAGCUCUUCUUAUUGGUUUCUCUUCCUUUAAUUCUACGAAAAAUCUCAUUUUUCUCACUUCUUGGAUGUUGUUUUCAUGUUUGUCCGCAUACGAAUCCUUGAUCAAUCGUGCAAGAAACCCUAAAAUGACUUUUGUUGUCUUGUUUUUGUAGCAAGUGUGGGUGGGAGAGAUGGCGCCGCCUCAGCCGAACAGUGGCCUUUUUGUGGGGAUGAACAAAGGCCACAUCGUCACCAAGCGCGAGUUGGCCCCUCGCCCUUCCAGCAGGAAAGGGAAAACCAGCAAAAGAGUGCAUUUUGUGAAGAAUUUGAUCAGAGAAGUAGCUGGAUUUGCUCCUUAUGAGAAACGAAUUACCGAGCUUCUAAAGGUUGGAAAAGACAAGCGUGCUCUGAAAGUGGCAAAGCGCAAGUUGGGCACCCACAAGAGGGCCAAGAAGAAGCGCGAGGAGAUGGCGAAUGUCCUUAGGAAGAUGAGGUCUGCUGGAGUAUCAGAGAAGAAGAAAUGAUCAAUGAAUUUCAUGGACCUCCAUGUGUUUUGGAUGUCCUAGAUUUUGGAUGAACUUUGUCUUUUUUUUUUUUUCCACUGCUAAUAACAUUUCCAUAUUGUACUCUUUGGUAGAAAACAUUUAAGUUUUGAAUCAGGAUCAACUCUUGAAUCAUCAUACUUUGGUCUAAAA